UUCCUCGUUUCAGCCUAUAUAAGGUACUGAUUAGGGAACUACAUUUCCCACAAUCCCUGACAUUAAGCAUCACUUCUCUUCACGUGAUGAUUGUGGCGCUUCUAAUUUUCCCGUCUGGCUGUGGUGCAACUAUUGUGAGAACAGAGUGAGAAAUAAUCUUAAGGACGAUGAAUCCUACAAUAAACCCAGGGUCUCCUUCAGCUGUUUCUUCUGGGCAUUUUUUGCACUGCUCUGUCUUGUCGAGGAAUAUGGGCUGUAGCCACAACAUCCUCCCAAGCUGGGAACGUGAUGUGCCAUGCACCAUUCCACGGAUGAAACCCAGACACAGAUUGGUGAAUUUCAGUGGUGUACAAGGGUCUCGGUACCGAUCAGUAUCCCUUGCUUUCAAGCGACAUCUGGAAAGCCAAGAUCCGGAACCCAGUUCUAAACAUUUUCUCUCAGAGGAGAAGAUGGCUGCCCGUUUUAACUCCCUUAGUCUGGACAAUGACCACAUCUACAGUUCUAACGGCUUCCCUGUCCGCUGUGAAAACCCCAGAUGGCAGCAGGCAUACGCACAGUUGAAAGAGCUACAACAGAGGCUGUCUCAAGAUGGAGCAAGUGAAGAAACCAACUUUACAGAGGAAGAGCUGACUACAGUCAUUGUAGAUGGUGAAUUCAUGAUGGGAGACUGCCCUAUGCUGGUGCCGUCUUCUUUCAUGUUAGAAGGACUUGAAGAAAGCAGUGUCACCCCUGAAGAAAUGUUUCUUUCUCUGAAUCCUUGUACCGAAGUUGUCCUGUGGAGCCCUCAGAGUAACUCCCUCUUGCACACCAUUAGGACACUGAUGUUUCCCUCAUCGGUCCAGCCCCAUCUAGAAGCAGUGUCAAACCAAGAGGAAAUGGAAAUAUGAACCACCAACCCUAAUUUUACUUCCCUUUGAAGUGAGAUUCAGUUCUCUGUCUGGCUGUGUCAACAAAAAGCACCUUUAUCCAGUCAAUAUAAACAUUUCACUACAAAUAUUUUACUCGGCCAUGGUGGCAUUUUUUGUUUUUAGCCAGCUGCAAUAAUCUGAUCUUAUCUCUUCCAUCCCCAUAAUGUACAGUAUACCUGGAACUAAGUUCAAUAUAUAUCACUAUAUUUUCUCUUUCAAUAAGCAAUCAGUGAAUACUUACUUGGAUACUGUAAUAUACUUUAAAUAAGGGUUAGAUGGGCAUUCCAACCACUUCUUUUAUACUUGAUUAGCACAUAUUUUUAAUGUCCAUCAAAGUUGGAAGAAUUUAAGUUUUUUUUCUUGACUUUUUGUUUCCAAUAAAGAGGAUUCAACACUUUUACACUGCCAAAUGUUAUUUGAGAGGAGCUGGCAUAAAGAUGAACUCUUCCUUUUGGUAUCUAAGGAAUGGGUGUUAACAGGCAAAUAAAAGCAGAAGUGUUUUUAUAUCUAAAUGUCUUUAUUGAACAGUGGUAUAUCCUUAACAAGUCUGAUGCCAUUAGCAGUGGGUUAAAAUGAGAUGUUUUAGUUUAUCUACAGAGUUGGGUGUAUAUAAAAUAAUUAAUGAAGCAAAUAAAUUGUACAGAGGGCCCCAAUGUUGAAAGGGGACAGUCUCUGUAAUACCCAAAGGUUGGGAAUCAUAAGUUGGCAACUUAUCAGCUGAAUCCAGACAUAAUUUCAUAUUCCUAUAUUAAAAGUUUAUGCCUCCAUUUCUUACUUUGUUUCUGGAGGUAAACAUGAAUGACUGAAUGGUACUCCAAUUAUAGCUGCAAAGGUGACAAAGUCCUUUUUCAAGCCCAUCAUGUGGACAGUUGGCUAUUUUCUCACAACAUCUGGAUUGAAGGACGGGGCUAAUGAAGAGAUGGAAAACUCUCCAAAUCCUAAGAGGAGAGCAACAUAGCUUGGUCCUAAACCAUUCCUAUUCAGAGCAAGGCUAAAGAGAGAUGAGAAGGAAAAACCCCAAUACUAUCGGAUGGGAAAUUCUGAAAUGUUUUGCUGGAUUUCUUCCACUUCCUCCUAUUAUUAUGUAAACUGAGGUACAGCUACAGAGGAGGAGCUUGCGCCAAAAUAAUCAUAAUGCCCACCUUCUCCCUCACCCUGCAGCAUU